GUGCUAAUAAUAAUAUCCCUAAUGCUCCCUUCGGAUCUGCAGGAUGUCUGACGGGGAAUGCAUAACAUUGCCCAAACCAGCGACGAGCGCGGGCAAGAUAAAUCAAUGAAUGGAACGAAAUUAAAAAUGAUGAGCAGAAGACGAUUCUGUGCAACCACCAUUCAGUCUCCUGGGAACCGAAUACAGAAAUGGUUAUCCAUCAACGAAAGGAGGGUGUGUACCUAGUCGGG